GUGAUGGCAUCUCAGGUGGACGAAUUUACUCUGGAGUCUGUGAGGGAUUACAUGAUAUCCCGGGGCGGGAGAGUCACCAACCACGAGCUGGUCAAGCACUUUAAAGUGUACUUGACGAAUCCUACAUGUAAAGAAAUUGCGAGGAACAAGUUUAAGCAAUAUGUGAACACACUUGCUAACAUCAGCCAGGAAGGUGGUGAGAAGUAUCUCGUUCUCAAAAGGAAAUAUAGAAUUGGCACUCCACUUUCUGAAUCUGAGUACCUCAGCCCUGGCUGUUCACCUGGAGGGGUCAGCUUCAACAGUACUAAUCAGUUCAGUAUUUAUGGUUCACCUCCACAUAGUGGAGGUUACAGCCCACAGCCUUGCACCCCAAUGACUAUACCUCCCCCUCCACCUCUUUCCAGAACAACUCCUCCAUACCGGGCUCCUCCUCCAUAUAGACCCCCUCCUGUAACAACACCAACACAUCAGGUUUAUUCAUCUCAGGAGGACCUAAAAUAUGGAGACAGAAGAUUUGAUCCCCCACCUCCUCACUUCAAUGGACGUAAUCAGGGAAGCGGUGAGUCAAGAUAUUCAGGGGAGCUUCCCAUGUACACACCUACAGAAACAAGAUACCCUGCUGUAGGUGAACCAAGGUACCCACCACCACCAGCACUGCCAGAGCCACUCUUUGGUGAGGCAAGGUACCCGUACGAUGAACCUGCUGACCUAGGAAUUCCUCUUGCACCACAAAUGACUCGCCCUUCGAGUUCUCUCUCAGCAUCCUCAAGCAGUUUAGUGACAUAUGGGGGAUCUUCAGGCCCACAACCCUCUCCAGUAUCUUUUGCAAACUAUAGCAUUCCUCCACCACCUUUGGCACCUUUGUCAGCCUCCCGUCCGAAAAGUCUACCUAUUCAGCAAACAUCAUCCAUUUCUUCUCCCUCGGAAGAUGGUGACUCUGUGUCAGUUUCUGCUACAACAACAACAGUGUCAUCUGCCUCCACACCAUCAUCCGAUGAACCCCCACCUCCAGUUCCACCAAGAAAAAGACCAGGAGAAAAUAAAGAAAACUUAAGACCUUCUCCAGACGGAGAAGAAAGUGGAAAAAACGUGGGAGGUGAAGGCAGCAGCGAUGGUGGUGGUGGAGACACUGCCGAUAUGGGAGGUGGUGGUGGUGGAGAACGCUCGGAGGAGGAACGUAAGAUCUCCGUGUCUGUCAGGGAAGCUACUCAGAAGUUCAACCGCUUGGCCUCCGAGUCCCAGCUGCUCUCCUCCUCCCGCGCCUCCUCCAAGAGCAACAGGAGCUCCAGGAGUGAUAAAGAUGAUGAUGACUCGACUUCCAUCCUGUCGUAUGGCGCUGACGGACAGGAGUGGAUGUUAGCAGCUGCCAAGAGUGACUUUAAUGAAAUCCUGAGAUUGCUGAAGGUACACCCAACACUCGCUAGGUACAAGGUAAGUUACCCUGUGUGUUAUUACAGGACCCUGGCCAGGUACAAGGUAAGUUACCCUGUGUGUUAUUACAGGACCCUGGCCAGGUACAAGGUAAGUUACCCUGUGUGUUAUUACAGGACUCUGGCCAGGUACAAGGACUCUGGCCAGGUACAAGGAAUUGCUCGAGAAGUGGAAAUGUUUUCACGAGACGUAGAUAUAAGUUGUAAUUUUGAGACGUAG